AACAGAACAUGUAGCGACAACACCCACCGCCCACUUCCCACUACGUGUCCCCUUAUCCAAAACACAUGGCCUUCUUCUCCAUCCACCUGACGCUCUCCCUUCUCUUCUUCUCUAUCCAGGGCAGCAAUCCCCUCUUCUAUGCCGGUGAGGAACACCACCAGAGGAUGGAUUGCGUUUUGGAGCUCCCUCUACUGUCGCUCGAUCUGGCCUCCCCCGCUCAGUUGUCGCCCCGUGCUCCGGAUCUGGCCACAACAGGCCUCACGUCCUCCAGCCGCGCGCAAGCAGGCCAAGGGAACCCGCCAAUGGAGGUCGCCGCCUCUCCGUCUCGAUCUGUCCACCGACGGAUCCACGCGCGGAGCAUCUGGAUCCGCCACGCAGACAUGGAUGGGCGCCUUGGAGCUCCCCUCUGCCGUCCCCUGAUCUGGGCAUCUGGCCGCCCGCCAGUGCUCCGAAUCCGGCAAACAACCUCGCCUCCGACCCAAUUCAGACAGACGCCACAGCCUCCUUCCACCACGUGCGCCAAGCAUGCCCCCAGCUCGCGAGGAGGCCAUGCUCCUCGUCCAGCCGCGGCCCACCUGCUAUGUCAGUCAGCCCAGCCGCCUCGUCCCGGCCUUCUCCGCCCCCAGCUCCAGGGCCUUGUCCCGGCCUUCUCCGCACCUAGCUCCAGGCCUCAAACGACUCGCUCUUUGGAGAUCGCGGGUCCUCCGUCGAGCGAGGCCGCCGGUGGUAGUGUUCGCUCGGGCGGCGAAGGCCGGCGGUCCGGAGAGGGCUGAGGCAAACAGGACGAUGGCAGGUUAAGCUUGUCGAAGAGGUUUCUUGCCUUCAAUCGGAACGAAAUGUUGGUUCGCUGUUGGAAUUUAUAUGUCGUGGAAGAAGACGUAUAGUUUCCUUGUGCGUGCAAUCCAAAUAACACGCGUUUGUCAGAUUCCAUGUUUGCGUGUUUCGGGAGGUCGAUCCGGCCCGGUUGCAAUUUGUUUUGGGCUAGCCUGGCACCGCAUGCAUAGUCAGAUUGCACCUGACGUGGUUCCCGAAUUAGUACCACCUCAUGUAUAUGUUUUAAAUUCAAAGUGCCUGUGUGUUGCAACGGAAGAAAAAAAUUUAUAAUCUUUAAUGAUCAUGACCA